UGUCCCCAAUCAAGAUCCCCACGCAAAGCAGAGCGAAAAUCCCAAACCCCAACGACCAUGUCACCCCUGACCCUCCUCCUCGUCGCCGUUGCCGUGGCCGCGGCGCCGCUCGCCUCCGCGGCCGGUGGCGCCUCGGCAAACGGCGCAGCUAACGACCUCCUCCCGAAGUACGGCCUCCCGAAGGGCCUCAUCCCGGACUCCGUCGCCUCCUACUCCUUCGACGAGACCACCGGCGACUUCGAGAUCCGCCUCGCCGGCACCUGCUACGUCUGGUUCGGCGACCACCUCGUGUACUACGAGAAGACCAUCCGUGGCUGCCUAUCAUCAGGGAAAAUCACCAGUCUCUCAGGCAUCCAGGCCAAGAAGCUCUUCCUCUGGGUCUCCGUUUCGGGCAUCGUUGCGCACCCCAAGGAUGGUACCUUGGAAUUCCAGGUAGGGUUCGUCUCGGAGGAGCUGUCGGCGUCGCUGUUCGAUAAGGUGCCCGUUUGCGGCGCCAGCGCCGGCGCACAGCUCCGCGGGGUGGCUGGGGUGAUCCGGGAGCUUGGCCUGCUCCCCGUUGCAGAGGACUGAGCUUCUAGCUGGGCGUCUUACCUGCAGCAAACUUUGAGCACUUCCUUGGAUCUUUAUGUUGUUCGGUGCCAAUAAAGAAAAAGAUGUCUAGAGUCUUCUUGAGCUGAGGCAGAGGCUCUGCGAUGGUUGUGAUGUUGAGCUUGUAGGUGUAAGUGGUCUGCUCUCUCUUCAUAGUGCACACGGAUUAUGUGUAAAUUGCACUAGUACAUCCGUUUACUGGCACCGAAACCCGUGUAAAAUGUAGAUCUCGGAUUGUUUCAUAUGAGACCACAUUUUUUUUCCAGUAGAGUGGAGUUUCAUACUAGUACGUUGUUGCGUGUAAACUUUUGUUAUCGCCUGAGGGAAAUCAUGCGUGCCGACGUGCCCUUGUGUCA